ACGCGACCGACUGUCGUGGAGGUUACAUCGCCGGUGGUGUUUGCGCAUUUCUUUUCGUAAUGUUGGAAGGUGUCAAACAUGUUUUGUUAGUGCUUUCUGGUAAAGGUGGUGUUGGAAAAUCAACAAUCAGCACACAAUUGGCACUUGCACUUAAGGAAUCAGGUUUUCGGGUUGGUUUGUUAGACGUCGAUCUUUGUGGACCUAGUGUGCCUUAUUUGUUAAAUUUAGAAGGCAAAGAUGUUCAUCAAUCUUCUGAUGGAUGGGUGCCAGUGUUUGCAGACAAGGAACAAAAACUAGCUGUCAUGUCUAUAGGAUUUUUAUUAAAAAGCCAAAAUGAUAGUAUUGUUUGGAGAGGUCCAAAAAAAACUGGAAUGGUUAAACAAUUUUUAACAGAUGUUAUUUGGCAAGAUAUUGAUUAUUUAAUCAUUGAUACACCACCAGGAACCUCAGAUGAACACAUCACAGUAAUGGAAAACUUAAAAAAUGUUAAAUGUGAUGGUGCACUUAUAGUAACUACUCCACAAGCAGUUGCAGUGGAUGAUGUUUUACGAGAAAUAACAUUUUGUAGGAAAACUGGGAUUCAUAUAUUUGGUAUUAUUGAAAAUAUGAGUGGUUUUGUCUGUCCAUCAUGUUCAGAAUGUACAAAUAUAUUUUCCGCGGGUGGAGGAAUAGCUCUUUCUAAAAUGGUAAAUGUUCCAUUCUUAGCAAAAGUGCCUAUAGAUCCACAAGUGGGGAAACUAGCACAUACUGGUCAAAGCAUUCUAGUAACAUUACCUGAUAGUCAGGUAGCACAAGUGUUUCGAAAGCUAGUCGAGGAACUUACCCAGAGCAAGGAAGCAUGAAAAAUUUGAUCUCAUGUACACGGUGUUCUCAAUGAAAUACUGUACUUGUUCGUGGCGAUAAUAUUAGCCCUCUGCGAACUUUCGCAUUUUUUUAAUAUUUUUUAGUAAGACUAAAAAUAAGAUAAAUUAAUUUGAAAAGAAAAACAUUCAGGUUUUAGUGGAAAAUAUAUUAUCAUGACAUAAUAAACAUAUGAGACAUAUGUAAAAUAUUUGUAUACAAAUAAUAUAUAGGAUCAUAAGGGGAUCGUUUAAUUGCAUUUUACAUAAAAGAGGUAGAAUAUAUGUGUACAAAUACAACGAUUUUUAUAUAAUAGCAUUUAUGAGAAAUAUAUAAAAGAUCUUGCACAUUGUAACAAAUUAGUACAUGUGUGUAUAUAUAAUUCAGUGUCAGUGUUGAUAAAACAUUUACAUUUUACAUUUUAAAGUUUUUGUACAAAAAUGUGAAUAGAUUACUAUAAUACCAUUGUAUAAUGUAUAUACAUUAAAAUCUGUAAAUCUA